AUGGGAUGGGAGAUCACGAUAUCUUUGGCAUUCAAUAAAGCGAUCAGUGUAAGAGUUUCAAAUGAAUUAGGAGCUGGACAUCCAAGAGCUACAAAAUUUGCAGUGAUUAUUGUUCUUGGAACAAUGUUUAUAAUAGGAGCCAUUUUGAUGACUGUAAUCUUCAUUACUGCAAAUGAAUUUGCAGUGGCAUUUACUAACAGUGAAAAAGUGAUGACAGUUAUUUCAAACCUUGUAACUGUACUUGCUAUUAGUAUGCUUUUAAAUAGCAUACAAGUUGUCUUGGGUGGUGUAGCAGUGGGGGCAGGCUGGAAACCUCUAGUGGCAUAUAUUAACUUAGCAUGUUAUUACAUUCUUGGAGUUCCCCUAGGCUGUCUGUUGGGUUAUUAUUUAGAUUUUGGAGUGAAGGGAAUUUGGGCUGGUAUGAUUUGUGGAACCACCUUGCAAACAAUUAUUCUAAGCAUUAUUACAUUUAGAACUAAAUGGAGAAAAGAACCACGUGUAAGGAAUUAUUCAAUGAAUCGGGACUUAAUUACAUUAGCAGAGGUGUGGCAGCAUUCUGAAGAAGACUGGACAUUGAGGCAGGAAAAGGUCAAAAUUGUUACAAAUCGGGUACCAAUUGUUCGAGUUAUUUAA